UCUUUAAUUUAUGUUCGAACCUUCUUCAUUAUUUCAUAUUUUCGAACUUUUCUCAAAGGUGUUUCUGAAUCCUUUGCACGAAAUAAUAAUUUCAUUUAAAAAACUGCUCAAGGUAUGACGGAGAGUCAUCACAAUUGACUGACGGCUACGUUAUAGAAUCGAACUGGCAUGAAGUGGUUGACAACUUUGACGCUAUGAACUUAAAAGAGAAAUUAUUGCGUGGAAUUUAUGCUUACGGGUUUGAGAAGCCAUCGGCUAUUCAACAACGAGCGAUAAUUCCAUGUAUUUGUGGUCGUGAUGUCAUAGCACAAGCACAGUCGGGCACUGGAAAAACUGCAACAUUUUCAAUUGCAAUCCUCCAGAAAAUCGAGUCAACUGUUCGCGAUUGUCAAGCUUUAGUUCUUGCCCCAACUCGUGAGCUCGCGAUCCAAAUCCAAAAAGUUGUCUUAGCUCUCGGUGAUUUCAUACAAAUUGAAUGUCACGCAUGCAUUGGUGGAACGAAUGUGCGAGAAGAUAUGCGCAAUCUCGAGCAAGGCGUUCAAGUUGUUGUUGGCACACCUGGUCGUGUCUAUGACAUGAUUCAACGAAAAGUCUUAAGAACCAACAACAUAAAACUCUUUGUAUUAGAUGAAGCUGACGAAAUGCUUUCUAGAGGAUUCAAGGAUCAGAUUCAUGACGUUUUCCGAAUGAUUCCCAGUGAUGUUCAAGUAAUUUUACUAUCGGCAACGAUGCCAAAUGAAGUUCUUGAAGUCACUCGUGGUAUUGAUGUCCAACAAGUUUCACUUGUCAUCAAUUACGAUUUACCAAAUAAUCGUGAGAAUUAUAUUCACAGAAUCGGUCGUGGAGGUCGUUUUGGACGGAAAGGUGUCGCAAUAAAUUUUAUCACAGAAGAAGAUAAGCGAACAUUAAUCGAUAUUGAACAAUUUUGCAACACAAAAAUUGAGGAAAUGCCGAUAAAUGUCGCUGAUUUGAUAUGA